AUGACACAUCGAUAUAAACCAAUUAAUUUAAUUCAUUAUCUACAUGAUGAAGCUUUAAAAUGUAACCAAUGGAAUUCUAAUCGAUCAAAAUAUUUACAACAUCGUUUUGAUUUACAUACUAAAUUAUAUUGCCAAGAUGGAAAUGCUCAUUCCGGUUGUGUAAAUGCACUUGACUUUUCUUCUGAUGGUGGUGAUGAUAAACGUGUAGUUAUAUGGAAUAUGGCUGAAACACUUUUUAAUGAAUCUAAUCGAAUGCCAACAUCAUUAAAAGCAACACAUUUAAGUAAUAUAUUUUCAAUUAAAUUUGAUCAUGAUAAUCGACGUGUUAUUUCAGCAGGAAAUGAUGAACAAAUUCUAGUACAUGAUAUUGAAAAACAACAUCAAGGAGGACCGAAUGGUAGUCAUGCAGAUGAAUUAGUCGAUGUAUUUCUUGAGUCAUCACCAGUCAAUUCUUUAUCUGUACAAUCACAACACAAUGAUGUAUUUAUAGCAGCAACUGAAGAUGGUCAUAUUCAUUUAUAUGAUUUACGUUCCGUUUCAUCAGCAGCUGCGCAUGAUCAACCAUCAAUUGUUGUUGCUGAAUCAUUUGAUGGUUCAUUUCAUUCAUGUACAUUUCAUCCACAACAAACAUGUUUGAUUGCUACAGCCAAUGCUCGACGAGGCAUCGAACUAUAUGAUACUCGACUGUGUAAAAGUCCUGUACUUCGUUAUGGUGCACCAACAUCUUCAUCGCGUAGGAUGUCUACUAGUAAUAAUGAUGAUGAUAUUGAAGGUAUGAGCGUUACUUUUAAUGGUAAUGGCAGUCUUCUGUAUGCUCUUCGACGUCGACUACCUCCUGUACUUUUCAAACUUCAUCAGUCACAUGCGUUCUGUCAAUUUGAUGCAGAUAAUUUUGUAAAUUUGUGUACAAUGAAAGCAGGCUGUUUUGUUGGUGACAAUGAUCAGUAUAUUGCAUCAGGUUCAGAUGAUUUUAAUGUUUAUAUGUGGCGAAUACCAAGCAAUGAUGAUAGUAAUACACUUCAACAUCAAUCAUGCUCACAUCUCAGUUCAGAUCAUUUUGUGUGGAAUGCUCAUAUGAUUUUACAUGGACAUCGAUCUGUUGUCAAUCAAGUUCGAUAUUCAUCCCGUUUACAUACUCUAGUAUCAAGUGGAGUCGAAAAAGUCAUCAAAAUGUGGACGCCAUAUCGAACUCGUAAUAAUAAUGACAAUGAAACCAACAAAUUCAACGGACGUCAAGAAAUGUAUUCACAUCGAGAUUAUUUACGAGCUGUAUUAGAAUCAGGUUCUGUACAUCAUGAUUCAUCUAUUGAACGAUAUGAUGAAGAUAAACGUAUGCUUGCUUUUUUUGAUUCACUUCUCCAACGAGAACUUGGAAGUAGUCAUAAUGAUGAUGAUGAUGACGACGAUAAUAGUGAUGAUGAUAGUGAUGAUCUAUCAUUUAUUAUUGAUUCAAGUGAUGACGAUCAAACAUCUAGAAUAAGUCAAUCAGAAGAUGAAGAUGAAGAAGAAAUCACACUAGAAGAAAUCAAUAGUCAAACACUAGAUCUAACUGAUUCAGCAACACAUUCAAAUAAUCCAUCUGCUACUCCAUCUUCUCGUUCACGUCAUCCUACAAUAGUAUCUCUCGCUAAAAAUUAUCGUAUUCAUUAUGUUCAAAUGAUAAAAGAAAAAAUAAUAGGAAUCCUAUCAUGUCAAUCAGAAAAACGUUCACUAGAAUCACCAACAAUAACGCCAUUCAAACGUCAACGUUCAUCAUCAAAUUAUGCUAAUACAUUACAAACAUUGAGAAACAGAAUUCAACAUGAAGAAAAUGAACAAUUUUAUUUUAAUGAUGAAAGAAGAAUGUGA